UCAAAGGUUUUUAGUGUCACGGAUGACCAGAUGAUAGAGGGGAUGAGGUUCAUCUUUGAACGCAUGAAGCUUGUCGUGGAAGCAGCAUCAGGGGCAGCUGUCUAUGCUGCUAUGAAUUCCCUUGAAGAUGUCACUCCACCACCAAGAAAGGUUGGAGUCAUUCUCUGUGGUGGAAAUGUCGAUCUUGAUCAUCUACCGUGGAUUGAUCGGAAGACAUCGUAUUAAAGUUCAAUAGAUCAGGUAGAUCCUACAGAAAAGGAAAGGAAUAAGAAUGUAUAAGUCCACAACAAAAGGCAAGUGACUUUCUCUUGAACAUUGGACUGCCAGAAUCAGGGAUUUCCGAUGAAGAUCUGAAAUUAAUAAAAUAUUCAUUAUAAAAUCUUGCACUAUGGAAUUAUUCAUUGCAUUUAUACAUUUUUUUUUUAACACUUGCUCAGUGAGUUAUGUACUGGCAUAGCAGGCUUAUUAUACACUUCCUAUUUUCUGUCAAGUCAUAUAUUGCAAUAGUAACAGUUUUUUUUGUCUUCUUUUCUUUUUAAUCUCGGGGUAUGUUGGCAUUCUUAAUGAAAAGAAAGGUUUGUAAUGUUUUAUGGUAAAAGAAAUAAAGGUGACUGGAAUUAGGGAUAUCUUAAGUAUAUGUACAUGCUGUAUUUAGGUGUUAAUUUAAUCAUACUUUUUUAUAUAAUGAUAUUUUCUAUAACACUAGAAUGUUAUAAUUUAUGAAAAAUAAAUAUAUAUAGGGUAGAAAAGUAAAGAAUUGCUCAAUUUUGUAAUUAUAUCUUUUGUAUUGCCACUUUGUUAAAGAAGUUAAGAGGUAAAAAAUAUAUUAGAAGAUUGAAUAUAUUGCACGGUAGCUAAUAUACCAAUAAUAUUAAAGGUAUGCAUUGUUUAUAUUUGUUGAGAUACUUAAAGAAAAAAAUAUAUAUAUAUCUUAAGGCUUAUAAAGUCUUAGAUAAACAGAAAUAAAACAGCUAUUAAAGUGUUGUAUAUCACUUUAUUCUUACUCCUUGUAAAAGUGUAUAUUCUAUUUUUUUAUGUAUGUACCAAUGUUUAAUGUUAACACUAUUGUAUACUUAUUAGCUUGUAGUUAAUAAUAUACCCAUUUAGGCUAACUCCUUUUCAGUGAAAACUCAAAAGUUGACAUAAAGUUUCCCUCACACUCAGUAGUUUAAUAUUUAAAACAUUUCCUCUGAAGAUACAUCUGAACAGGGCAGAUGUUGGUAAAGUGCACCAAACCAUUGUGUUAGAAAGCCCUAUAACAGCUUCUUUGUUUUAGAAGUUAACAAAGUGGAUUAUCUUAAUGAACUUAUGCAUGUAAAGGAAGAGUGAAGAAAUGGAUACAUAAUGCUUUAACAUAAUAUAUUAUUCUUACUGAAAGUAAGCAGACACUUGUUUAUGGUUAAAAAUGCAGAUUUAGUAGACUAAAAGUAUAUAAUAUCUUUAUCCUAGAAGAGAGACAAAGAGAUAGACAAAUAGACAA